AUGUCGAAGAACCCGGCCUUCCCCCCGACCCACACCGCCCGAACACAGCCUUCCCGCCCGAACAGCUCCUUCGCGAGCCUCUCCAAGUUCUUCAAAUUUUCCAAGUCUUCUUCCUUCCCCGACGAACUAGAUAGCGAGCAAGACGACCAUGCUUCCCCCCCAGACACAGAAGAGGCCGAAGAUGAGCAAGCCCUCAUGUGGGAUGCCCAAAUUGCCCUGAUAGAGCACCAGCCAAACCUCGCUAUGAAGCUGUACGCCAAAGCUGCACUGCCGCCGCAUGCUUCCCCGGCGGCGUGUCUUGCGCUGGGGAAUCUGUUGAUCAGGGGGUCGGCGGUUAUGGAGGCGACUUCGACGCUUUCGAUGGAGCGGCCUGUCUCGCCUGCGGCUUCUACUCGUGCUGCUGAGAAACCGUAUGCGACUUCCUUCUGGUCCCGAUUCUUUGCCCCUUCCUUUUCCCCUUCCCCUUCCACCUCCCCUUCCCCUUCCUCGGCAAACGCACUCUCCCCGCCACUAUCGCCCUCCGCCGCGAGGAAGAAACACGACCUCAUCGCUGCCGGCUGGCACAUACCCAGAGAAGGCAAGCGCGCAGUCCGGGAUGUGGAGGGGAUGGGCGUUGCUGGGGCUUGGUUUGUGCUUGGUUUGGGGUGGGCGGUGGAGCGGGCGAAAGAGAGGCAGAGGGUUGUUGCUGCUGCUGCUGCUGUUGCCGCUGUUGACGAGCAGGGAGAGUAUUUGGUGGGGAGGAAGGGGUCGAGUGAUGAGGAGGCGAUAGUGUUUGGGUCGAAGAAGGGGAAAGGCAAAGGGAUGCAGAUGCCUCUGGCUGUAGAAUCGCCAAGUACGCCAGGUCUCGCGGCUUCCUCAGGCGCCAACACCUCUGCAACGGACGAUUCUAUCGAGACGCCGCGUGAACCGGCGGGAGGGCUGUUUGAUAAAGUAGACGAUGUCGAUGCCGAGCUUUUGAGUGUCAUCUAUGAGCUCCUCCGACCUUUACUCCGUCUUUACCGCCAUGGCCAUAUCCAAUCCCACGAUCCCGUCGCCCUCCCGCCCAUCUCGCUCCAACAACUGCCCCCCGCGCUCAAGCCGAGGACAGAGAUGGAGAAAGGGCGGAAUGUGUGGGCGUUGGGGAGGGUGGUUUGUGGGAAGGUGAAGGAGCUGGGACUUGUUUGUGAUAGGAGAGAGAAGGGAAAGGGGUCAGACCAGGUUCGGAAAGCGGUUAUGGUUUUGACAGACUACAUCCUCGCCAUGACAUGCCCCCCAUUCCAAGCCGCAUUCCACUUCCGCCACAUCGCUUCAACAUCUCUGAUAGGACUGGAAGUAGCAGAUGACUUGAUCGUGCAAGCUGGGAAGAGGCUCAAGACGAUCGUGACGGGGACGCCGAGGGAUGAGGCGGGGUUGGGCGGGUUCCCGUUCCCGGCGCUUACGCCUACGCCGAAGCGGGCGGAGAACGAGAAGGAGAGGACAGCGUCGAUUACGUCGUUGGCGUCGAUGUUGUCUCCGCCGAGGAUACUGCACUCGACAAAAUCGACAGCUUCGCUCGUGGCGCUCGCAGACCCCGAGCCCGACAAUGAGCUCCAGAGUCCUGUCCCCUUGUCGUCUGAGGCGAAAGCAGGGGGGGCGGUGGAGACGCUCAAGAGGGUGCAGGUGAAGAAUGGUGUUUGGGAUGGUGUCGAGAUAUCGGCUGGGGAGGUUGAUGGGGAGGUGGAGCAGGGGUUGGGGCUUGAUGUGCCGAACAAGACGAUCAGGGCGGUAGCGUCUUCACCUCAACUUCCCUCCCUUCUCUCCGUCCCUCCUUCGCAUACCAACCGCCGACGAUUACCAUUCGAACCUUCUCAACACGACGCGAUCAUGCCGAUAGACCCCGCCCUCGCCGAAGCAGAGAGACGGAGCGCGUUGACGAAGAAUGUAAAGUGCGGGGUGUGUAUGAUGAAGGGGGUGAACUUUCCGGAGUGUAGGAGGUGUGGGAUGACGUUUUGUGGGAGGGAGUGUAGGGUUGGGGAGGAGAAGGCUGGGAAUGGGAAGAGACAUAUUUGUGGAGCAUGGGAGUCUAGGAAGUUGCUGAGUGUCCCGACGGCGGCGCCGGGGAGACGGUCGGGCUCGAAUGGGGGUCUCGCGACGUCGCCGAGGGUUGCAAAGGUCUACUAG